AUGAAUGCAACGUUAGAUGAUGAUAUAAUCAUCAUUUACUUAUCAAAUAUAGGUCUAUAUCUUAUGCGUUAUGUCCUUAUGAUUAUAAUUAUUCUUGGUCUUGUUGGAAACUUCUUCAAUAUACUUGUUUUUCAUCAACCUACAUUUCGUUCAAAUCCAUGUUCAUUUUAUUUAAUUACAGCUGCUUAUGUUAAUAUUAUUUGGAUUAUGACGAGUCCAUUAUCACGAAUACUUGCUACUUUUCAACUUGAUUUAUCAGAAAAUAUUAGUAUUAUUUGUAAAAUACGUCGAUCUCUUUCUUAUACAUUUUCAAGCUUAUCAAUGAUUUCUAUUGCUUUUGGUACAGUUGAUAGAUUUAUUAUUAAUAGUUCACAAAUUGAAUAUCGUCAAUUAAGUUCAUUACAUAAUGCUCAUCGUUUGAUGAUAAUUACUGCUUUUAUUUGUUGGCUUAUAUUUGUUGAUAUGAUUUAUUGUCUUGAUGUAAUUGUUACACCUCCAUCAAUAGCAUGUACAAUAAAUACAAGACGUAUAUGUGAUCUUUAUAAUGAAAUAGCUCGUUUAAUAGUACUUGUAUUUAUACCAAGUAUGUUGAUUUUAAUUUUUGGUUAUGGAACAAUACAACAUGUAAAGACAAGUCGACGAAUGAGUAGACUAGAAGGAAACACUAUUCAUCGAAUUGAUCGACAUCUUACUCAAAUGGUAAUUGGAGAAAUUAUUUUAAUUAUGAUAUCAUAUAUUCCAAAUACAAUUCAACGUAUUUAUUUAGUUCUUACACUUGAUAUAGAAAAAAAUCCAUUACGUUUAAGAAUAGAAAUACUUUCUGGUGAAGUAACAUUUCUGAUGACAACAUUUCAAAGUUCAUUAUCGUUUUAUAUUUAUGCAACGAUGGGUGGAACUCUUUUUCGACAAACUUUUAAAAAAUUGUUGUGA